AUCCGUAUAAAUACGGAGUAUCUAUACGUGGCCGUAUACGAAGGCACUCCCUUUCCUCCCUAGAUUUAUGCUUCACGCCCCUCACAACUCAUCUUUCUCUAUCUUUAUUAUCUUUUUCUUUCUCUUUCUCUCUCUAAAGUUUCAGUUUUUGUCGGUGUUAAAAAACAGAUCUUGCAGCUUCCAUUUCCAUACUCUGUGCCUGAUUCAACUGAGGAGCUUUGUUUGUUGUUGUUCGUCUCCGUGGAGGGUUUAAAUUAUUGGGAAAGAGAGAAAAAAGAGAUUUUUAGGCUAAAUUGUGGGGGGUUUUGGAUCUGAAUUGGACAAUGCUAUUAUUUUUGUUGAGUCAAUUCAGGUGAUUUAUGGUAGUAAUAGUUGGAGGUUCAGUGCUUGAGGUUUCAGGGUUGAAAUUACAAUUGGAUUUGGAAGAGUGCAUGAGGGUUUUGGUUUGUUGUGUUCUAUGUUUGGUAAAGGAUUUGGGGAGAAGAAUAAGGUGGGAUUGUUCGUUUGUGAUCCGGAGCUGGGGUAGAUGGGGCAAAUGUGGCUAAUUUGUUCUGGAAUUUAAAGGGUUUUAUUUUUUUCUUCCUAUUAUUAUUGUUUCGGAUCAUACCUACCUGAUCUAAAUUACCGGCAAAUAAGGUUUUUUAAACAGUUUGGGUCAAAUUUUUUUAUUUUUGCUGAGAGAUUUGUAGCUUUGAGUUUUUUAUUUUCUUUAUUCUCGAGAAAAAGUAACCUUACCAAAAAAUUGAAAAAAAUGCAGCAGGAUCACCGUAAGAAGAAUUCAGCAGAGGUGGACUUCUUUUCAGAGUAUGGUGAUGCGAAUCGGUAUAAAAUUCAAGAAGUUAUUGGGAAAGGGAGUUAUGGGGUUGUUUGCUCAGCAAUUGAUACUCACACCGGUGAAAAAGUGGCAAUAAAGAAAAUACACGAUAUUUUUGAACAUAUUUCUGAUGCUGCUCGUAUUCUUCGGGAGAUAAAGCUUCUCAGACUUCUUAGACAUCCUGACAUUGUUGAAAUUAAACACAUUAUGUUGCCUCCUUCAAGAAGAGACUUUAAAGAUAUUUAUGUUGUUUUUGAGCUCAUGGAAUCGGAUCUUCAUCAAGUCAUCAAAGCAAAUGAUGACUUGACACGAGAACACUAUCAGUUUUUCCUUUACCAGCUACUUCGUGCAUUGAAGUACAUUCACACAGCGAAUGUCUACCAUCGAGAUUUGAAACCGAAGAAUAUACUUGCAAAUGCAAAUUGUAAGCUUAAAAUAUGUGAUUUCGGGUUAGCAAGAGUUGCAUUCAAUGAUACACCGACUACAAUAUUCUGGACGGACUAUGUUGCAACAAGAUGGUAUAGAGCUCCAGAGCUUUGUGGGUCGUUUUUCUCUAAGUACACACCUGCAAUUGACAUAUGGAGUAUAGGCUGCAUUUUCGCUGAAGUAUUAACUGGGAAGCCACUUUUCCCUGGUAAAAAUGUUGUACAUCAGUUAGAUUUGAUGACAGAUCUGCUUGGUACACCUUCACUAGAUACUAUAUCUCGGGUCCGAAAUGAAAAAGCAAGGAGAUACUUGACUACUAUGAGGAAAAAAUUGCCUGUUCAUUUUGCUCAGAAAUUUCCUAAUGCAGAUCCUUUAGCAUUGCGGCUAUUAGAAAGGUUACUUGCUUUUGAUCCGAAGGACCGACCAACUGCUGAAGAGGCAUUGGCUGAUCCCUAUUUCAAGGGACUUUCGAGGGUAGAGAGGGAACCUUCCUGCCAACCAAUUACAAAAAUGGAAUUUGAGUUUGAGAGGCGAAGGGUCACGAAAGAAGACAUACGGGAGCUAAUCUUUCGCGAGAUAUUAGAGUAUCAUCCUCAGUUGCUGAAAGACUACAUGAAUGGAACUGAGAGGACAAAUUUUCUCUACCCAAGUGCCGUUGAUCAAUUCAGAAAGCAGUUUGCACAUCUUGAAGAAAAUGGUGGUAAAAGUGGUCCAGUUAUCCCACUUGAGAGAAAGCACGUCUCUCUUCCAAGGUCUACAAUUGUACACUCAAACACUGUCCCUGCCAAGGACCAACACAACUAUACAUCGUCGAGAGAUCGUCAAAAUACAGAAGAGGCAUACAAGAAUUUAAAAGAUACAGAUACAGUUCAUGUGAAUGUAGCAAGGAACAUGCAGGGACCUCAAAGAAUUCCAUUGGCCAAACCAGGAAGAGUUGUUGGGCCAGUUGGAGCAUAUGAUAAUGUAAACAUUAUGAAAGAUUCUUAUGAUCCUAGAGCACUGAAUAGAAGCUCGGUCCUUCCUCCUCAGGCUGUCCCUCCGACUGCCUACUAUCGAAAACCUGUAAUAGGCCAUCAAGAGAGGUCUGCAACUGAAGCCUCCAGGGACAUGUCAUCACAGGUAAAACAAUCCGUUCAAUGUGGCAUGGCAGCCAAAUUAGCACCAGAGAUUGCCAUCAACAUCGACACCAACCCAUUUUUUAUGACACGGGCAGGAGUCAAUAAGGUGCAACAACAUAACGAUAGAGUCGCUAUUGAUUCCAACUUGUUACAGGGAAAAACUUCGUAUGGUGGUAUUAGUGCUGCUGCCGCCACCACCACUACUACCACCACCGCAACUGGAGCUCCCCAUCGGAAAGUUGCAACUGUUCAGACUGUUCAGUAUGGUAUGACAAGAAUGUAUUAGAAAGAAAAAAUGGAUUACGGGUAUUUUUAGCUAAAGGAGCAGGUUAUGAUGAGGCAUAGAGGCCCCCUAUGAAAGAAAAUAUCCAGCCCCUUUGUCAUUUUAUGUUACAAAGAAACAUUUCAUGAAAUAUUAUACGUUCUCUCUCUCUCUCUCACAGUACAUCUAUGAAAGGAAUGAGUAAAAAUUGUUCCAUAAAAGAUCUAUCCACGUCAUCCCAUAAGGAUAUAUCUUACUACAUAUGUAUGUAUAGGUGUAUAAAAAAGUUGACAUUAACUUUGCCUUCUCUUAUUGGUUUCUA